GUCUGUGAGCAACUCGCUGCGAUGCGCACUGCGCCCGUGUUCACUGACCUUUGACGAGCUUGUCGUACUGGCCCGACAUGACUGCAAGGGGCCCGUUGCCGUUCGUUGCUUGCCUGUCGCGUCAAUGUGGUGAUGUCACCGACCUGGCAAGUCUACUGAGCGGUCUAUGCCUGCCCGUGGCGUCGCUAUCGUGCUGCCGUUCUGCAUCGGCACACCACCAGAUCCUACGCCAGUGCCCGCAGUCACGUCAGGUCAAGUGCACUUUGCUCCAAACCCAAGUCAAGGCCGAUCCAACGAAGCAACAAUCCACUACUUGAUCGUCUCCUCACGCAAGCACAAAGAUCGCUAUGUCUUGCCCAAAGGCGGUGUAGAGACUGCAGAUCCUAGCAUCGCUUCAGCAGCUCUGCGCGAGGGCUACGAAGAGGCGGGUUUGUGCGUCAGCUCCGAUAGAGCGAUCGUCUCUGUCGGCGAGCCCAUAGACGAUGCUCGCACAAAGUCAGAUGGCUCGCCUAAAGCGACAUACUACCCGCACAUAGCCGUAGUCAGUCAGCUCGCCAUGGACUGGCCAGAGCGUCAUGAGCGCGAGCGCGUCUGGGUCGAUCGCACGCGAGCACAGUCACUGACGAGCUGGCGAAAAGGAAUGCCUGCCAUAUGGGACGCCUUUCCUGCCGAAUCGGAGUUGCGCAGACUUGCCGCCAGCUUAGUCUGAGCCGGAGUAUGUUCACAGUCAAUCCUGACAUCAAUGAAAGAUUCGCAUGCUCAAAGUCUGAUUCGGUCGGCUGUGGAUGGGACAAUGCGAUCAUACAGUCUGCAGCAGCACGCGAUUGAUUCGAUAGCAGGACAGAGUGCGACGUGAUCACUGUCAGAGACACUGUCAAACGCGCUUGAGACUCUGCGCGUUGAGCAAGACCGUCGUGGGACAUCUCAGCCGCAAGUUAGGCGUUAAAAGGUGCAUAAGUCCCAAAGCCGGUACGAGCUACGUCUGCAUACGAGGCGAAGCAUCAUUGCUCGCUAAUGGGUA